AUGAGCUAUAAUUAUAAUGGCCAUGCUUAUUAUUCUCGCGCCGAAAGCUCUGAUGAGCAUUACGAACACCAACAGGACACGUAUCCAAUGUAUGACAGGAGUACACAUUUCCAAGGAGACUAUACAAACCAGAACGAGCGGGAGCUAGCGCAAGAGGAGGAACCAGUUUCUCAGAGACAGCCUUACGGCAGCCAAUAUACAGGGCAGUAUCCUGCGGCUGAUGCAUACGAACAACCUGGGGAUAUGCAGUACUACGAGGCUCCUGCGAUUCAAGUUGAAGCAUCUAGCCCUAUUGCAGAUACCUACAAUCGGUCUUUUCUAAACCCAUUGCAAGGAAAUGACCAGACGCAGUUUGUCCAGCCAGGCUUUAACGAUAACAGGUACUUUGACAGACAAUCUUAUCGAGAUGACGAAGUUAGAAGCUCUACUUCUGCAACUGAUUUUUAUUCAAACCAGGAUACUAGGCCAAUUUUGAACCAGCCACAUCAUCUGUACAAUUUCGAGCAACAAAAUGAUCCUGAAAAUCCAGUUUACGUAGAUCAAAAUGGUGAUGAUUACCAGAUCAACACAUAUUUGAACAGUAAUGGUGAUAUGGUAGAUCCAUUUGCAGCUGGUCGUGAAAAUGAACAGCAAGAGUGGGAACAACAUGAAUAUGAUUAUGAUGAUAAAGAUGGUGGUAGCUCUUCUAUUAGCAAUAUGAAUGAUAUGGCUACGAUCGAUGGCAUACCUACCGCAAAAAAAGAGUUCGAUGAAGAAAGUACAGACUUAGGUGAACAUGCAUCACACGGAAUACAAAGAAGGCCAACAGUCAUUCGUAAGUUCAAGCUUUGCCAAGGUAAUUUCAUUUUUGACUGUCCUAUAAGUACACAGCUCUUGGGCCAGUAUUCGACUGGUACCGACAAAGAUAAGCUUUCGAAUGAGUUCAAAUUCAUGAGAUACCAGGCAGUGACCUGUGAACCGAAUGAAUUUCAACAUAAUAAUUUCACUCUGCGGCAAUUAAUGUAUCCUUAUCCAAGAGUAACAGAACUUAUGAUCGUUAUCACAAUGUAUAACGAGGAUGAUAUUCUUCUAGGGAAGACAUUGAAAGGUGUCAUGGACAAUAUCCGUCAUUUUACCAGCCGUAAAAACUCUAAGAUAUGGGGACCUGAUGCCUGGAAAAAAAUCUGUGUUUGCGUGGUGAGUGAUGGUAGAUCUAAAAUUCACGAGCGUUCACUCGCUUUAAUGAGUGCCUUAGGGUGUUAUCAAGAUGGUUUUGCCAAAGAGGCUAUUAAUGACAAGAAAGUCGUUACGCAUGUGUAUGAACACACAACUAAAGUGAAUAUCAGUUCUGUGUCAGCCAAAAACGUCGAUUUAACAUAUGGAGAUGGAACCAUUCCAAUACAGAUGGUUUUCUGCUUGAAAGAAAAGAACCAAAAGAAGAUCAAUUCGCAUCGUUGGGCUUUCGAAGCAUUUGCAGAAGUGUUAAAUCCAAAUGUGAUAGUACUUCUUGAUGCUGGUACAAUGCCAGGGAAGGAUUCUAUCUAUGAACUAUGGAAGGAAUUCAAAGAUCCUCAAGUUGGAGGAGCAUGUGGUGAAAUCAAGGCAGAUUUGGGGAGAGGCUUUACGAAAUUAUUGAAUCCAUUAGUGGCUUCUCAAAACUUUGAAUAUAAAAUGUCAAAUAUUCUUGAUAAGACAACAGAGUCAAACUUUGGGUUUAUCUCAGUUUUACCGGGUGCAUUUUCAGCCUAUAGAUUUGAGGCUCUAAAGGGGGAACCUAUGCGUAAGUACUUCAUGGGGGAUGAUCUGAAUGCUACAGUCUUCAUCUCUAACAUGUACUUAGCUGAAGAUCGUAUUUUAUGUUUUGAAAUUGUGACAAAGGCUAAUUGUAACUGGGUUUUAAGGUACUGUCGUGGCUCCUAUGGUGCAACUGAUGUUCCGGAACGGAUUCCAGAAUUUAUCUUGCAAAGAAGACGUUGGUUGAAUGGGUCAUUCUUUGCUGCAUUAUACUCAUUUCUUCAUUUUUACAAGAUUUUCUCCUCUGGCCAUAGUCUAGGAAGAAAGGUUGCUCUAGUGUGUGAGUUUAUAUAUUUAUUGCUUACCACUUUGAUUGCAUGGUUUUCGUUAAGUUCCUUCUUUCUCAUUUUCAGAAUUCUAACGUUGUCCAUUGCUAUUUCAUAUCCGGAUAAGAGGGCCUUUUCUGUGCUUUCUGUGCUCUUUUUAUGGCUUUAUGGACUUGCUGUAUUAGUGACUUUUAUUUUAUCCCUAGGGAACAAACCAAAAGGUACUCCAACAUUUUACUUGAGUACAUUCAUAUUCUUUGCCGUUCUAAUGAUAUACAUGUUGGUAUGCUCGAUCUACAUGUCAGUGCAUUCAAUCAAACACCUGGUUGAUUCUGGUCAAGGAUUAACCAAAAGUUCAACAUUCCGAGAUCUUGUCAUUUCUGUGCUGUCAACCUAUGCAUGCUACUUGUUAAGUUCGAUAAUAUAUCUUCAUCCAAUGCAUAUGCUAACGUCCCUAGUCCAAUACCUAAUGCUGAGUCCAUCGUAUAUCAACGUGCUAAACAUCUAUGCUUUCUGUAAUGUGCACGAUAUAUCUUGGGGUACCAAAGGUGCGACUGCAAAGCCAUUGGGUUCUAUCCAAUCGAAGGACGAUGGUACUGUUAAGAUGGAGAUUCCAAUUCUUGCUCACGAGAUCGAUGAGAACUUUAACAAGUUUGUUCAAAUUUUGACCGAACCCAAGCCGAAGGAAAUCGAAGCACCACCUUCUGCAGAGGAAUCUCAGUCAAGCUAUUAUGCUAUGGUGAGAUCCCUGGUAGUCAUCUUUUGGGUGAUUUCAAACUUCUUGGUUAUCGCUGCUGUUCUAGAGACAGGUGGUAUAAGUCAGUACGAAGAGAUCCAUGAUUUAACCAAAGAUGCAGCAGCUUCUGCAACAAUAAAAUCACGGAAGAUUUUGAGCUCUAAAUCCACGACAUACUGUUACAUCAUUCUUUUCCUGGUGGCUUUUACCGCAGUAUUCAGGUUUAUAGGGUGCUCGAUGUACUGCUUUGGCAGGACUAUGCGAAAACUAACUUUCUAA